GGGGCCUUGUCCCGGGUUUUCCGAUGUUUUCCCACUUAGUUUUUCCGACGCUGUGAUACGAUCCGGCAAAGAAUACUCAGCCCGCCACGGACGGCUCCCGUGAGAUCGCGCGUGAAUUCGUGUAAUCAACGGUUCGAUUUUUCACUCCCUUUUCCGCAGUGCAAUUUUUUUUUAGUUGUGUGAUUGUUCUUUUCGGUUCAAGAGUUUCUCGUUUUUUUUCUUUGCGGUUUCACGUUUCAGUGUGCCUCAAAACACACGCCAAAGGACGCGGGUGCAUCGCUUGUGUGCUUGCUUUACAUUCAGUUUCCUUUGUGUUGUUAAAUUGCUUGUGCAAAACGGCGUGAGUGGAGUUCCGAAACCCCUUCUUUCCCGGACGAAAGGAGCAAUCCCCACACCGCGCAUAAGUCCAUCGUCAAUGUGAUCGCGUUUGUCGCUUACCCACGACGUUUUUGUUUUUGCUUGGCGCGAUGAACAGAAAGGAACAGAAAGGGCGGUUUGAACAGGCGCCGGCCGCACCGAAUCUCCCACCGACCCUGGACGGGCUGAACAAUGUCAGCGAUCUCAUAAGCAAGUUCGAGGUACGCAACUAUCCUAUAAAUAGAGGACUGCUGCCCGAACUAUCGUCGCUCAGGCCGACGCCGCCGGGAUACGCCGGGAUCGUCCCGGGUGCAGCGGAGUGGUACCGUGGUGCCUACCAUUAUUCGCCGACUCAUUCGCCACCGCUCGGGCAAACGCGUCGACGAUCGGCCAACGGUGGUGUUCCGUCGCAGUACGACUCCGCCUAUCUCAGCGAUACAGCCUCUCUCAGUGACGGAGCGGAUAGUGUAAGCCCCGGCGGUAGAAGGAUGGAUGAUCGUGCCCGGUUUCGUGCCCGCCAGGGUGGAGUUUACUACCAGAAUGGCUCACUGUCUUCGCUGAACGAAUCCGACUACUACGAGGAUAUUGGGUUUGAUGUUGGACCACGAACGCCACCCAGUGGACGCUUCUAUGCCCCACAGCAACGCCGUGGUGAGGGUGCCGUCCUGCUGGAGGAAGUUGAGGAGGUGCCGUUGAAUAAGGAGCAGGUCACUAGCACGCUGACCCGCUUCGGUGCCAUACUGCAGAUGCUGUCGCGGAUCCCGUUCCCCCGGAUGUCCGUCACCGGCAUGGGGCUUUGCUCGCUCGUCGCCAUCUUCUUCUGUCCGCGGGCGAUCGGUUCGAAUAUACUGUUUCCCGGUUUCAGACUGCUGUUCGGUACGCUAUACCCGGCCUACGCCUCGUACAAGGCGGUGCGAACGAAGAACGUCAAGGAGUAUGUAAAAUGGAUGAUGUACUGGAUUGUGUUUGCGUUCUUCACCUUCAUCGAAACGUUCACCGACAUACUGCUGUCGUGGUUUCCGUUCUACUACGAAAUUAAGGUGAUCGUCGUCCUGUGGCUGCUGUCACCGGCUACCCGCGGUAGCUCGACACUCUAUCGCAAGUUUGUGCACCCGAUGCUGACACGCCGCGAACAGGAAAUUGACGACUACAUCAAUCAAGCCAAAGAGAAGGGUUACACCGCCGUGCUGCAGCUGGGCUCGAAGGGUGUUAACUAUGCCACGAACGUUAUCAUGCAAACGGCCAUCAAGGCAUAG